AUGCAGUGGGAGGCGAUCGAGCGUGCCAUUGCGCUACGAGGCCGGCAGAUGUCCGCCGGUGACCGGCCUGCUGCCCAGCGGCAGGACACUGGCCACCCUGCUCUCAGCGAGGCCAAUACCAGCAUCCCGGUCACCCCGACUGUGAGCCACGAAGACAACGAGGCCUACGUCCCGCCCAGUGCCCGCACCUACGGCAUCACCACCAAUCCGCCUCCUCACCUCCUGGAGGCCGUCGGUGCUGAUGGCAGUACAGACCGCCGGCGGAGCUCUCCUUCAGAAGCUGCUGCGGGAGCUCGCGAUGGCGAGGAGUUGCUUCGUCGAUUGAGUCUGACCGGACAGGCUCCCAAGCAAGACGUCGCAGAUGUCGACCCUCGCACCGCCCAUCCUGGCCUCAGCUUGAGCGGCAACGUCAUCAGCGCUGCAUUUUGCGUCCCUUACAAGAUUGGCUACACCAGCAUUGGAGAAUGGGAGCUCUCCUCUCGUAGAGGCACUUCAGCGCUUUUCGAUUCGUUUCAGCACCUUUCCUCUCCUGAUUCACCCUGGAAGCACACCCUCGUGGGCUGGACGGGCGAGAUAGACCGCGUUCUUCGUCGCAAAGACCCUUCUGCUAAUUCCAAUGGCGUCACAUCGAUGGACUCAGUACCGGUCAACAAAGCUGCAGCUCCUAUCCCAGUCCACCGGGGUGAGAAGCCCGUGUCACCCCAAGAGCUUUCAGAGCUGCAUGUGCCGUUGGCCGAUCGGAUCAAGCUCGAGAAAGCACUCGAGUCCCAGCAAGGCGGCAACGUCUUGCCAGUCUGGCUGUGGGACGACAUCGACAAAGACGAAGUGGCAACGUUUCGCAAUCAGCAGCGUUGGAGACGCUACGGCGAGCACGAACUCUUCACCCUCUUCCACUACAAGCAAAACAAGCCUUCGGACGGCCGUGAUCUUCGCAAGGCGUGGGCUGACUAUUACUGCAUGAACCAGGCUUUUGCAGACGCCAUCAUCAACAUCUACAAGCCUGGAGACGUGGUCCUCAUCCACGACUAUCAACUCCUUCUCCUACCCAGCCUACUCCGCAACCGUAUCCCCAGCAUCUACGUGGGCUUCUUCCUGCACGUGCCAUUCCCUAGCAGCGAGUACUACCGCUGCUUGACACGCCGCAAGGAGGUUCUCGAAGGUGUCCUCGGCGCAAACAUGAUCGGCUUCCAAGCGUACAGCUACGCCCGCCACUUUUCAUCUUGCUGCACGCGCAUUCUCGGCUUCGACUCAUCUUCUGCUGGUGUCGAUGCAUAUGGAGCGCAUGUUCCAGUCGAUGUCUUCCCCAUUGGCAUCAACGCUGAGCACACGAUCAAGUCUGCCUUCGAAUCACCUGGUGUGGAGGAGAAGAUGAAGGCUUUGAGAGAGCUUUACGCAGGCAAGAAGAUCAUCGUCGGCCGCGACCGUUUGGACACUGUUCGUGGUGUUGCCCAAAAGCUGCAGGCCUUCGAGAUCUUCCUUGAGCGCCAUCCCGAGUGGCAUGACGAAGUCGUUCUCAUCCAAGUCACCAGUCCUACCAGCAUCGAGGAGCGUGAUGACAAGGGCGAUAAGACUGCGAACAAGAUCUCGGAGCUCGUGGCCAGAAUCAACGGCUCAUUUGGCUCGUUGAGCUUCACGCCAGUCCAGCACUACCCACAAUACUUGUCACAGGAGGAAUACUUUGCCCUCCUUCGCAUCGCAGAUCUUGGCCUCAUCACCAGUGUUCGAGACGGCAUGAACACGACUGCUCUGGAAUACGUCAUCUGCCAACGCGACAACCACGGCCCAUUGAUCAUCUCUGAGUUCAGUGGAACUGCUGGAAGCCUUGGAAACGCCAUCCACAUCAAUCCCUGGGACCUGGGUGGCACCGCCGAAGAGAUCAACACCGCCCUCACCAUGACCGACUACGAGAAGAAGCACACGCACGAGCUGCUGUACAAGCAUGUCACCACUAACACUGUACAAGCUUGGACAGACAACUACAUCAAGCGCCUACUAACCAACCUAGCAUCCUACGACCAGUCCAUUGCCACGCCUGCCUUAGACCGAUCCCAGCUGCUGUCGCAAUACCGCCGUUCAAGCCGCCGCUUGUUCAUGUUUGAUUAUGAUGGCACGCUAACUCCGAUUGUCAAGGACCCACAGUCGGCGAUUCCGUCUGAUAGAGUCACUCGGACGCUCAAGACACUUGCAUCGGAUCCCAAGAAUCAAGUCUGGAUCAUCUCAGGUCGUGACCAGGCCUUCCUCGAGGAGUGGAUGGGACACAUCUCUGAGCUUGGUUUGUCGGCUGAGCACGGAUCAUUCAUGCGCAUGCCCAACUCGGGCAAUUGGGAGAACCUCACCGAAACCCUGGACAUGUCAUGGCAGAGCGAAGUCAUGGAUGUCUUUCAACACUACUCUGAGCGAACGCAAGGCAGCUUCAUCGAGCGCAAGAAGAUUGCGCUCACGUGGCACUAUCGUAGAGCGGAUCCAGACUACGGCGCUUUCAUGGCCCGCGAGUGCCAGAAGCAUCUCGAGGCCACCGUCGCGAAGAAGUGGGAUGUGGAAGUCAUGACCGGCAAGGCGAAUCUGGAAGUUCGACCUCGUUUCGUCAACAAGGGCGAGAUCGCGAAGCGGCUUGUCAACGAGUACGGCGAGGGACCGGACGAAGCCCCAGACUUUGUGCUCUGCCUGGGCGACGACUUCACUGAUGAAGACAUGUUCCGCACCCUCCGCAAAUCCAAACUCCCCGAAGAGCACCGCUUCGCCGUCACCGUCGGCGCCAAGACAAAGCAAACCCUCGCGACCUGGCACCUCCUCGAGCCUUCCGACGUCAUCUCCUGCAUCGCCCUGCUCAACGGCUCCACGGACGCUGGCAACGCAGGCGCCGUCGCCCUCGUCGACGGCGCGGUCCCGGACGCGCGGUUGUAG